ACGUUCAAUUGAAAUAUGGUGAUUUUUGUGAAGUUCAAUUUGUGGCUCUUAGUUAUAAAUUUUUAUAUCGUGAUUUACCAAAUCCUGGAAUGUAUGAAUUGGAUAUGGUUAAAUUAUGGGAUGUUAUGAUAAAAGACAAUCGAGAUGUCGAUUUGGCCAAAUGGCUAGAAAAGUUCGCUGUGGAUAUGGCGGUCUCAACAUCAACUGGACUACCUGCUUAUUCAAUGUUUGCUUAUUUUAAUUCGUUGGGAUAUGAAUAUAAUCACGAUCAUAUCCAGCUUCAGAAUGGGAACAAUCUUCGAAAUUGA